AUGUAUUUUAAAGCAGUAGGUUUCUUAAUAUGGUGCUGUUAUUCAUUUACUUUUGGAUUGGACCCAUGUGAAAAUCACAAGAAAUGUGACCAAUGUAUCAGUGAUCCAAAUAAUUGUAUUUGGUGUGCAAAGGAUAAUAUCGAUGAUUUUCGAUGCAAAUCAAUUUACGAGAAGAGUUGGUGCCCAAACCAUCGAAUUAAUCCAACCAGCUCUAUAAAUAAAACUGACGACAGGUCUUUCAGCUCCGACUUAGGCAAGUCUGUGCAAAUUAAGCCGCAGCGAUAUAAGAUUCAGCUGAGGAUUGGACAAAAAAUCGAUUUUAAUUUUUCCUAUGAAGCCGCCAAGAAUUAUCCUGUCGAUAUAUAUUUCUUAGUCGAUGCUUCCUUAUCAAUGCAAGAUAUUAGAACAUGGACGGCAGAUCAAAGUGAAAGCAUUUAUUUCACGUUGAGCAAUCUUACUAGUAACGUUUUUUUGGGUCUUGGUACUUUUGUAGACAAAAAUGCAAUACCAUUCAGUUCAAUCAUUGACAGUGAGCGUUCAUAUUCUUUUAUACAUCGACUUAAUUUGACCGAAGACUUUGAGACGUUUAAAACAAUUUUAAAAGACGCGCCCGCGGGGCAAAGCUUCGAUGAGCCGGAGGGAGGCUUAGACGCCCUGGGACAAGUGAUGACGUGUAAAGAAGAAAUAGGAUGGAGAGAACAGUCCAGAAAAAUUAUUGUCCUACUCACAGAUGGCUCAUACCACGCGGCUGGCGAUGGAAUACAGGGAGGGAUCACAAGACCUUACGACGGAAAAUGCUACACAAGGAACGGUGUUUAUUUAAAUGAAAUCAAUAUGGAUUACCCAUCCGCCGGCAUCAUAAGCAAAUUAGCAAAAGACGAACAAAUGAUAAUAGUAUUUGCAGUGAAACAGGGCAUACAAAAUGUUUACAAAAAACUAAGUAACUCCGUGCGGGACUCAUGGAGCACCACAUAUGAUAGUGAUGAUAUGGCUAAAAUUUUAAAGACUAUUUACGAGAAAAUAACACAAAGAAUUAAAUUCGACAUAAAGUCAGAGUAUCGUAAGAAUAUUGAAGUUAAAUUUGAGCCAGAUUGUUUCGUAAAUACCAGCGAUAGUUGUAUUGUACACAAGGGACAAGAGAUGAAUUUUGUAGGAUCGAUUAAGUUAUUGUGCGAUGUAGAAAAGGACAAUUUUUUAGUUGAUGUCAUGAUUGGAGGUAUAAAAGAAAAUUUGACUCUUGACAUAGACGUCAUUAAAAGAUGCAACUGUGAAACCGAUAUCAAAUCCGAAGAAUGCAAUUCAUUCGGUAAUCGGAGAUGUGGUAUAUGCGAGUGCAGCCCUGGCAGAUACGGCGCAAAGUGUGAAUGCACAGCCACGAGCAGAAACACAGUCAAUAACACCAAUUCUUGCACUGCGCCUGGCGACGACAAAGUUUGCAGCGGCCAUGGCCUAUGUCAUUGUGGCAGCUGCAAUUGCAAUCAGCGCCGCAAUGGCCGCUUUUGUGAGUGCGACCAGGACAGCUGCCCAAGAGACGCCAGUGGCGCCACGUGCAACGGCCACGGGAACUGCGUCUGUGGGGUCUGCACGUGCACGUCGGCCGACUGGUCCGGUGACGCGUGCGAUUGCUACAAGCCAACCACGCCGUGCAUCGUAGACGGCAAAUUGUGCAACAACCGGGGCAAGUGCAAUUGCGGUUCGUGCAGAUGCGCUCCGAUCGCCCAAUGGGACGCGAGAUACUACCAGGACAAAUUCUGCAGGGUGAUGCACAAUCCCGACUGCCACAGCCGCCAGUGCGAGCUGCUGCUCAGCUGCGCACAAUGCCACCAUUCGGGCAACGGGAACUGCUCACAAUGUCAUUCCGAUGUCGACGUCAACGUCACAAAGACACUGAGCGAUGUCAACGUGACGGUCGCGCCGUGGAACCUCUGUCUGUUUAAAACCAACGGCAUAUGCUACUCGCGUUUCGCAUACAGAUACGACGACGAUAAUUACAGCCUGCAACUGGUCGUACAGACCGACAACGACUGCGCGGAGAGUUAUUACAUGUUUGGUGGCCUGUUCUUACUCGCGCUUAUCCUCAUCGGUGUCGCCACGUUGGUCGCUUGGAAACUGGUGACGGAUGCGAGGGAUCGUCACGAAUACGAACGAUUCCAGAAACAGCGCGACGAAGACAUGUCAGAGACCCGAUGCAACCCUGGCUUCAAGCCGUCGACAAUGAUGUUCUCCAACCCCGCGUUCAGAAAAAGAUCUGUACAUAAU